AUGGGGUCACCCAGAUAUGUAUUACUUGCUGUUGUUAUCUUGAUAUACCUUGCCACUGUAUUAGCCAAUGUUACUCUCAUGCUGUUGAUUUUCCUAGAUACAUCCCUACACAAGCCUAUGUAUAUAUUUGUGUUUAGUUUAAUCUUAAAUGGGCUGAUAGGAAGUACUGCUGUUUGGCCAAUGGUUAUGAAUAUAUUAUUGACAAACACCCCUCUGAUCUCAUAUGAAGGAUGUCUCAUCCAAGCUUUUUUCAUUUUAGUCUAUGGAACUUACACCAUGUUGACAGUGAUGGCUUAUGACAGAUUUGUGUCCAUAUUUAAGCCUUUGCAGUACCAUACCAUCAUGACCCCACAGAAAGUAAAGCAGCUGUUGUUUGUUGCAAACUUCAGCCCUACAGCUGCAGUGCUUAGCCUAAUAUGCCUAUCUUCUCAACUCACUUUGUGCAGAUACAAAGUGCGUAAAAUAUAUUGUGAUAAUUUAGCCAUUACCAGCUUAUCAUGUGAUGAUAGUCACACUAUUCAAAGUCGAGUUAGCAACUUACAUGGUAUAAUUAACACUAUAGUUUUUGCAGCCCUGCCAAUGGUUCUCAUUUUAUUGUCAUAUGCUAAAAUUAUAUUGUUAAGCUUGAAAGCUUCAGAGAAUGCAAGAAAGAAAACAUUUGAAACCUGCUCUCCACACAUAAUUAUUUUCAUGAAUUUCUCAUUGGUUUCACUGUUUUCACUCUUUUAUAACCGUUUCAAUCCUCACUUACCAGGAGAGGCCAACAUUAUUAUCUCAAUUAAUUAUCUCCUUAUUCCCCCCUUCUUGCAACCAAUCAUAUAUGGCAUAAAAACACAGGAAAUUAGACAAAGUUUUUCAAGACUCAGGAGAAAAUCAGUUUUUUGCAAUAUUUGA